AUGAAGAUGGGCUCAGCUAUGUUGAUGAAUGUUGUGAGCAGUGGAGUAGUGCUGGCAAUUGCAUUGGCGUGCUUGUCGAGCGGAGCUUCGUCGGCGCCGGGGGUUGACAUGGCGACGGCGAUGUUUGUGUUCGGCGACUCCUUGGUCGAUGUUGGGAAUAAUAAUUACUUACCGUUUUCACUGAUAAAGGCGGAUUUCGAGCACAAUGGGCUUGAUUUCGCGUCUGACGACCAGCCGACGGGGAGGUUCUGUAAUGGCAAGAACUCUGCCGACUGGCUCGCUGAGAGAUUUGGAUUGGCGAUGAGCCCACCGCCGUAUCUAGCUCUGGAUGCAAACGAUGCGUCUUCUUUCAUGGCCGGCGUCAGCUUUGCAUCCGGUGGCGCCCAUAUCAACGGCAGUGCUCAAGAUCCGAACCAAGCCAUUGGACUCGCUGAUCAAAUAAGCUACUACGAGUCGGUUUCACAAGUACUGGAAACCAAGAUGGGAUCCACGGACGCGAAAAAGCUCCUAUCUGAAUCUGUCUACACCUUCGUGAUCGGCAGCAACGACAUUUUCUUCUACUACAGAAACUUGGAAAAGCAAACCGCCUCGCCUUCACAGUUCGUUCAUCAGAUGGCUCUCACCCUCAAUGAUCAACUCAAGAGACUGUACGACGACGGGGCACGCAGGUUCGUGGUGGCUGGGGUGCCGUCCUUGGGGUGCACCCCAAAACUGAGGGUGCUAUCGAGCAACAGUGACUGCAGCGAAGCGCACAACGCCAUGGCCGCCAUGUACAACCAGCAGCUCAAGUCCGUGCUGGCGGACCUCAAAGCCGACGGGGCCGUCGGCCUCAACGCUACGUACGAGUACUUGGACACCUUCGCCGUGCUCCAGAGUUUCGUCCAAAACCCUGCCUCCUACGGGUUCGUGGAGGUGAACGCGGCGUGCUGCGGGCUGGGGGAUCUGAAGGCCAAGCUGCCGUGCCUCCCGUUUGCGAUGUACUGCGACAACAGGAACGAUCAUGUGUUUUGGGAUUUCGUUCAUCCCACCGAGGCUGCUGCCGAGAUCAUUGUGGAUUCCUUCUUUAAACAACGUUCUCGCCACCUUUGA